AUGCUAUAUGCCUUCUAUUCCUACCCUAUUACACCAGCAUUCAAUCGGUGGGGCAUCUACCUAAACUAUUUGGUACAUUCAUAUAUGUACUCUUAUUAUUUUCUUCGCUCAAUGAAAAUUAAAGUGCCUGGCCCAGUUGCUAAAUUUGUAACUACUAUUCAAAUUUGGCAAUUUAUUAUUUCUGUUGCCAUUCUAAUACAUCUUGGAUGGUUAACUUUUGUAGAAAAUGUUAAAUGCGACUUGGAUAGUAAAGUUUUUGCAUUUGCUGUUAGCAUGGAUGUCAGUUAUUUAAUUUUAUUCAUUAAUUUCUUCCUUCAUGCCUAUGUUUUGAGAGGUGGAAAGACAAAAUAUCGAACUGAUAAGGCUAGUAAUGGGUCUGCUAAUGCAAAAAAGGAUGAACAAUCAAAUCCUGUUGGUAUUUUAUACAAAAUUUUUAAAUUGUUGAACAAGUGUUUAGUAAUAGUCAGGAUUUUUAGGGGAUUUACGUUAACAUUUUCGGAUGAAUUAUUUUUAGAUUUAUUUUUGUAA